AUGGAUUCCUCCGCUGGCUCCUCAGCUCUCCCCGCAGGUUCCACAGCCUGUGCUGGGGGCAAUUCCACUGCAGCGCCGUCAGCGGCAGCAGCAGCAACGACAGCAGCAGCAGCAGCGACAGCGGCAUCAGCAGGAGUUGAUGUGGCAGCAGUGAUCUCACCGUCGGCAGAAACUGCAGCCUCAGCAGGAACAGCAGCAGCAUCAGCAGCAGGAGUUGCAGCAGGACCUGCAGCAGGAGCUGCAGCAGGACCUGCAGCAGCAGCUGCAGCUCCUGCUGCAGCAGCAGCAGCGACAUUCCCCCUCUCUGGCCUGCUGCUGUUCAACUGGCUCACAGCUCACUUCCCCUGCAGGCUCUUUGCUGACAGCAGCCGCGCCAUUCGCCUUUUGCCGCAGCAGCUCUUCAGAGUGCAUCCCUCGCCUCUUGUGGCGCGGCUCAUGCAGCAGCAGCAGCAGCAGAGGCAGCAGCAGCAGCAGCACAAGUGCCUUUUUUUGCAGCAAGCGUGGCUGCAGCAGCAGGCGCCCACAGACGUGGAGGGGGCAGGCCUCUCUAGCCACGGGGAAAAGGGCCAUCAGGAUCAAUGCGACGCACUGCCCUCUAGCAGCAGCAGCAGCAGCAACAGCAGCAGCAGCAGCAACAGCAGCAGCAGCAGCAGCAAGUCUUGCGUUUGCGAGCAUUUAAGGGGCUUCAGAGGGACUGCUUGGAGCUGCGGCCUCGGGGACUCCCCAGAAUACUCCGGGGGCCCCGGGGGCCCCCGCUGCUCCCUGGACAGCUUUUGCUGCUCUUAUGCAUUUGCUGUCUCCCAGGAGGGUACUUGCGAUAUAUUCCCUUCGAGGCAGCAGCAGAACGAUGGCAAGCAGCAGCAGCAGCAGCAAGGGCAGCAGCAGCAGCAAGGGCAGCAGCAGCAGGAGCCGCAUGCUGCAGCAGGUGGCCUUCUUCCUCCACCUGCAGGGAACGUGAGACUUUCAGUAGACAGCGGCUGUGAAGGGGCUCUUUUGUCGCUGCAGCAGCAGUUGCUUGCUGCUCAGCAACUGCUUGCGGCUGCAGCAGAGAAGCAGCAGCAGCAGCAGCAGCCGCACGGGAUGUGCACUGAAGACGGCGCUGCUCUUCCUUUUGAGCUUCAGGAAAGGCCCCUGGCCACUGUCAGGGAGCUCUUUUAUUUUUUAUGGGGCCCCGCAGACAGCUGCCUGGCUGUGGACGCAGCAGCCUGCGACUUUGCGCACUGGCGGCUUUCGCUGAGCUUCUGCAGCAGAUGUUCCAGGGCGAAGCCGCUGGUGCUUGAAGAGGCAAUAAGCCUCACCCCCAGCAGCAGCAGCAACAGCAGCAGCAGCAGCAGCAGCAGGGAUUCAGGGCAGAGGAACCACGGAGAGGCGGAAGCAGCAGACAGGAGCCUUGCUGCUGUUGCUGCAACUUGCAGGUGCUGCUGCUUGCGCUGCUGCUGCAUCCGAGUGCCUCCGGCGGCUCUGGUGGCUGUGGCUCGCGACGACUUCCGCCUCCCCCCAGAGUGCAGCAGCAGCAGCAGCAGCAGCAGCAGCAAGCGGGCUUCGUCUAACCGGCUGCUGCGCUGCACAGAGGAUUGGAGGUCUCCCGAGCCUUCUAGCGAUGAUGGCUCAUGGCUUUCAGAGCUGCCUUCUUCUCCCAGCACCCCCCCGCUCUCCCCGCCUGGCGCAGCAGCAGCAGACUCCCCCGAAGCAGCAGCAGCAGACUCCCCCGAAGCAGCAGCAGCAGACUCCCCCGAAGUAGCAGCAGCCGCAGCCCUGCCCCCUCUGCCAGCAGCAGCAGCUGUUGCUGCUGCUGCUCAUGCUGCAGAGCAGCCAGCAGCCUCCUGCGUAGCUGCAGGAGCCCCAGAAGAAAGCAAGGGAAGGGGCAGCGGCAACAGCAGCAGCAGCAGCAGCAGCAGCGCAAGUGCUGCUGCUGCAGAUGCUGCUGUGGCCUCACUGCUGCGCUGCUUAGCUGCAUGCAUUCCCCGCGCAGGGGGCCGGGUGACCCCGCUGCUGAACAACAGCAGCUUAGAAGACGCAGGGUGGAUUGUGGUUGGGGCCCGCAACAACAGCAGCUUUGAGUUUGCUUCGCAGUCUGCUUCGGCCCGCAGCUUCCUGGCCUUUGCAUGCACAGAGCCCUGGGAGGUGCUGCUGCUGCUGCACGCGGCAGCAGCCACAGCAGCAGCCAUUGCCCAGCCGAUGCAGGGGUGCGCGGACUUCUGUUGUCCUGCUGCACCUGCUGCUGCUGCUUCUGCUGCUGCCUUUCCGCCUGUGUCCUGUGCCGCUGCGGCUGCUACAAAGAGCACAGUGGUGCGGCGGCUGGAGUCGCGGCGCGGGGUGUAUGAGUUGGUGCUGGGCGGGCGAUUUGAACAGCUGCAGCAGCAGCAGCAGCAGGAGCAGCAGCUGCAGCAGCAGCAGCUGCAGCAGCAGCAGCAGCAGCAGCAGCAGCAGCAGCAGCAGGAUAGCUCAGGCCACGCAGCCAGCGCAGACGCGGGGGUGGUUUGCUUACCGCUGCCCCUGUGCCUCACUUUGGUGGAAACCGAGCAGCUGCAGAAGGGCAAGGAGUUUCGUGUCUUCGUAGCUGCGGGACUUCCUGUUGGCGUCAGCCAGUUGUGGCUUGCUGAGUGCCUUCCCGAGCUGUGCAGCAGGCCCUCAGUAAGGCGGCGAAUGCGGCAGGCCGUGUGGCGUUUCGUGGUGAAGUGCUUUGGCCGCCGCCUGCAGCAGCAGCAGCAACAGCAGCAGCUGCUGCCUCCGCUCUUUGCAGCUGAUGUGUACAUACACCCCAACACGGACGGCACUGACACGUGCAGGCUGCUGCGCCUGAGCCCGUGGGGCUUCCUGACGGACCCGCUUUUGUUUACUUACGAGGAGCUCCGCACUGCCGUGCUGAAGCGCUGCUGCUCAGCCUCAAGAUUCUGUGAGGCUUGCCGCGGGGCCCCUCCCCAAUACCCCACAGGGUCUAGCCUCCCCCAGGGGCCCGAGGGGCCCCGGGGGCCCCCAGAGGGGGCCCCCGGGGUCCCCGCAGGCGGAGGCCCCGAGAGGGACUGCGAGUGCUGGAAAGCCUGCACACUUCGAUAUGUCCAAGGGACCGACGAAGAGGUUCAUGACACUCAGCGCGUCCUGGCGAUGCCGCAGGACCUGCUGGAGAUUGCGAGGGGCGGGAGUAGCUGUGAAGUGGAGCAGAUGUUGCUGGACUUGAAGUCAGCGCAUGCAGACACAAUUAAGCAGCAGAGAAAAAGAGAUGAGCAGCGCAAAAAGAGGAAAUAA